CUUUUCUUCCCCCCACCCCCCCUCCUGAAAAGCCCAAACAGCGAGCAGAGCGAAACAAGAAGGUUUUUCAAAGAGAGCAAGUUACAGCAGCAAAGGUCGAAACGCAGUCGUUCUUGAUGCAAUUGAGCUUCUCAAUUUCUCCAUUUCAGAACAUUCAAGGGUAAUAGAAAUGGGUUCAAAGGUUCAAGCCAUGGUUACAGAUAGGAUUAGUGAAUUGCCAAAGGAACUUCUUCAUGACAUACUCUCCCUUCUUCCAGCAAAAUACGUUGUGAGGACCAGCGUUUUGUCUACAAAAUGGGAGAACAUAUGGGCUUCUGUCCCCAAUCUAGACUGCGAAUUCGAAACUUUACCUAUAGUAUGGAGAGAAUCUGUGUCCCUCCCUGAUGGUAUCACAUGGGAAGACGAACAUGUGUCUGACCAUGUCGAUUUUAUGACAUUUGUUGAUCGUGUACUUUACUUUCGCUGCGAUUCAGUUAUUAAAAAAUUCCGUCUUCAUUGCUACUGUCGUGUUGAGGAUGCCCCUCGUAUUGAUGGUUGGAUUCGCGCUGCCAUUAGGCGUAAUGUCGUUGAGCUUGAUCUUUGUGUUCAAGCACAUCGUGAUGAUUAUCAAGAGGACCCGCCUUUGGAGUUUCCUCGACGUGUAUUCAUGUGCAAAACACUGGAGGUUUUGAAGGUGAAGUCAGAUUUUAUUACCUAUGCUCCUCCUACAUCAGGCUGUUUCCCAAGCCUCAAGGUCCUUGAUAUCAGAGUUGAUAAUCCUGAAGCCGACUCAAUGGAAAAGUUUUUUUCGUGCUGCCCUGUACUUGAAGAUUUAUCUCUAUUUGCAUGUGUCACAGAUGGUAGGCUUUGGAAUUUUAAGGUCUCUGCUCCCAAACUGAAGAGAUUAAAAAUGACCUUCUUAACUGAUCUCUAUGAUGAUAAUAAUCCAAAGUACUAUAUUUCUAUUAAUGCUCCAGAGCUUGAACAGCUUGACAUUAAGCAGGACUUUUUGUCAAAUUAUUCAUUUGUGAAUCUAAAAUCCCCAGUCAAAGGCAGUGUCGAUUUCUAUUGCCAUCUUGGGAAACUCCAGCGUCACUUCUUUGAACGAGCAACUGCGCUUCUGAAGACAUUUGCCAACGUUAAAUAUCUGUCUAUUUCAGCUCAUUUUGUGGCGGUUAGUAUAUUCCUCAACUCGUUUAUUUUACACUUUUUUUUUAUUGAUAGGAAAACAGGAAGGAGGGCGGGGGGUUCUUUAAGAGAAGAAGGGAUGAUAUGUUUUCCCUUCAUUUAUAAAGAGGAAGACGGGAGCAGUCAGGGUUGUCUGCCUGCUUUCAAUCAUUUGACCGAAUUGAAGUUGCUUGUUUUUGAUUGCUAUCAUUGGGAUUUGCUAACACAGUUGCUCAAGAAAUCAAAUAAUUUGGAAUCUCUUGUCAUCGAAUAUGAAGAAGAUGAGGAAUGCGUUGAGGAUCAUGAGGAACUUGAAAGGUACUCAAAAGAGGAUCUAUGGAGUACACCAGAGUCUGUGCCUAUUUGUGUGACUGGACACCUCAAGACUAUCACUAUAAGGGGACUCGAGGGAUACCCGCAUGUGAAGAAAGUGGCAAAGUGUUUGUUAAACAGCGGUAAAGUUUUGACUAAGAUGACUGUUGACAAUGAAGAGUUGUACAAAGAACUAAUGCUUGAAGGGGGCUCUAGGACUUGUCUGGUUGAAGUUGUCUGAACUGCAGCGUUCACAACGUUUUUCUAUUUUGUAACUCCAGCAUUGUGUUUUAGAUGGAUUCAGCCAUCAAAGUUGGAAACCAGACAAGCACAUCUGUUAAAUCCUAAGAUGGAUCGAUUUUCAGAUGUUUAUUUUUGAGCUGUAUACAUUUCUUAUCCGCUUUGUAUCACUUCUUUUAGCCUUGGGUAGAAUUCUAUAGUGGUGACACGAACAUGUAUGAAGAGAUGUGCUGAAGCUACUCAUGCCACAGUCUUCAGUUUCUUUGAACCAUAUUUUGCAUUUUGCCCUUCCUUUUGUAUGGAGGGUGUUUAUUUUAUUGUGAAUCAAUUCAAAUUUUAGUAUUUGGUGUUGUAUGAA